CGAGGGGACGCAGGCCAAAGGGUUGGGUUCCAGCUGCUUUCUUAGAACCCGCUCGCGAUCCAAGGUGCGGGAGGAGCUAUGUCGGAGAUCCUGUGCCAGUGGCUCAACCAGGAGGUGAAGCUGUCCCGGACCGUGAGUCCCAAGACAUUUGCUAAGACAUUUUGCAGUGGCUAUCUAAUUGGAGAAGUUUUGCACAAGUUUGAACUUCAGGAUGAUUUUUCACAGUUUUCAGAAAGCAGGAUUUCAAGUGCCAAGCUUAAUAAUUUUUCUCGCUUGGAGCCAACACUGCACCUUCUGGGUGUGCAGUUUGAUCAGAAUGUGGCCCAGAGCAUCAUAACAGAAAAGCCAGGGGCAGCAACAAAACUUUUGUAUCAAUUGUACAUUGCUCUUCAGAAAAAGAAGAAAAGUGGCCUAACUGAAGUGGAAAUGCAAGCCAUACAACCCCUGACAAAUGUAAAACUUCAAAAUAUGAAAAGUGAGGCUUUUCGAGAUAGACUUAAAAACCUGAUACCACGUCAAACUGAUUUCAAUCUGAUGCGGGUAACACACAGGUUUCAAGAAAAAUAUAAACACAUUGAAGAAGGACUUGUCUGUGUGAAUUUUGAGAAACUUGAAAGAUUUCAAAAACUCAAAGAAGAACAGAGAUGUUUUAAUAUCGAAAAGCAACGCUUGGGCAGAAGAAGACAAAAUGAAAUAAUGGCCAAAAUCCAAGCAGCUAUCAUCCAGAUUCCUAAACCUGCAUCAAAUCGUACUUUGAAAGCACUUGAGGCCCAAAAAAUGAUGAAAAAGAAAAAAGAGGCAGAGGAUGUGGCCAAUGAGAUUAAGAAGUUUGAAGCAUUAAUUAAAAAGGAUCUCCAGGCAAAAGAAAGUGUAUCCAAGACUUCUUUAGAUACAGCAGGCCAGACAACUACCGACUUGUUGAACACUUACUCAGAUGAUGACUACAUUAAAAAAAUUCAGAAGCGCCUAGAAGAAGAUGCUUUUGCACGAGAGCAAAGGGAGAAAAGACGGCGGAGAUUGUUAAUGGACCAAUUAAUAGCCCACGAAGCACAAGAGGAGGCUUACCGAGAGGAGCAGCUGAUUAACCGGCUGAUGAGGCAGUCCCAGCAGGAGCGCAGGAUCGCUGUGCAGCUCAUGCAUGUUCGGCAUGAAAAGGAAGUUUUAUGGCAAAACAGAAUUUUCAGAGAAAAGCAAUAUGAGGAAAGAAGACUUAAAGACUUCCAGGAUGCUCUUGAUCGAGAAGCGGCUUUGGCAAAACAAGCCAAGAUUGAUUUUGAAGAACAAGCCUUUAGAGAGAAGGAAGUUCAUGAAAAGAUUGCUGUGGAAAGAGCUCAAGCUCGUUACAAAAAGCAUUAUUCAAUAUGUGCAGAAAUUCUGGAUCACAUACUUGAUUUGUCCACUAAAGUGGCAGACUAUCGAAUGUUGACAAAUAAUCUUAUUCCAUAUAAGAUGAUGCAUGAUUGGAAGGAACUUUUUUUUCAUGGAAAACCCAUAUAUGAACAAGCCUCUAUUAAACAUCUAUCAGCUAAGCCCUCUGCAGAACAGCUUAUUGAACUGGAGAAAAGGGACUUGUUAGAUAACAAUGAUUAUGAAGAAUAUAAGAACGUGGUUGGAGAGUGGGCCUUACCAGAAGAAAUGGUUGAUAAUUUACCACCCUCCAACAAUAGCAUAUUGGGCCAUGUGCUUCACAGACUACUUGAAAAAUCUCUUCCUCCUCCAAUUGAACCACCAGUCUCUGAAUUACCUCCAUUUGCUAUUAAAGGUUGCUUAUUGGGGAAAACAUUUAGUGGGAAAACUACCAUUCUAAAGUCUCUACAAAAAGACUUGUCUAUUCAGAUACUUUCUAUUGACACUCUUGUCCAAGAAGCUAUCCGAGCAUUUCACGAUGAUGAAAAAGUUAGUGAGGACCUGCCAAUUCACCAAGAGGCUGAAGAAAGUGCUCUACCAGUUCUGCAAGACAAUAAAAAGGAAGAAAACCAGGUUCUGAAAAAUGUAUUGCCAGCUGGUCAAGUUUCAGCUGAAGCAUUACCAGAAACAGAAGGUACUGAUACUAAUAAAACACCAAAAAUAGAAGAAGUCGAAUCAAAUGAAGGUUUCUCCAAUCUCACUGUGCGUGCUCAGCUUGGUGCAAAAUCAGAAAAGUUGCUGAAGAAAGGAAAGAGCAUUCCUGACAUGUUGCUGGUUAGCAUCAUGGUAAAUGCAAUUCAUCAGGUACCUGUUGAUCAAGGCUGGAUCCUUGAUGGUUUUCCAAUGACAUUAAACCAAGCAAAACUUCUUGAGGAAGCUCUCACAGGGUACAACAAAGAUCAAGUAGAAUUGGAGGCAAAGAGAACACAAAUAUCCACGUUGGCUGUUGAUCCUACAACUUCCAAAGAAAUACCCACCCCGCCUUCUGCAUUUGAUUUUGUCAUGCUAUUAGAUAUUUCAGAUGCUUCAGCACUGAAUCGCAUAAAUGACAUCAUGGCUGAAGCAAUUUCACAGGAAAUUCCUCAUGAAGCUAUCAGUCAACGUGUAGCUGCUGAAAACCAAAAUAUGGAUGAGAACCAGACUUUACGAGACCAGAUACAACACAGAAUUAUAGGCUUCUUGGACAACUGGCCUUUACUGGAGCAAUGGCUUUCAGAGUCAGAAAAUGUUUUGAUAAAAGUCAAUGCUGAAGUAGAUAAAGAGUCUUUAAGCCAAAAAAUAAAGGAAAUUUUUAUGGCUGAAAUAAUGAAAAAGAAGAAUAAAGUUAAAGAGAAAUUAGAAGAAAAGGAGGCUGAGAAAAAAGAAGCUUCCCUGACUGAGCCUCCACCUCCUCCACCUCCUCCUCCUCCUGAGCCAGAAAAAGAGAAGGAAAUUCCUGCUCAUAGAGAGCCUGCAAAAGGAAAACCACAAUCAGAGUCCUCACACGGUAAGCAAGAAUCUCUCCACGAAGGAAAAGGGAAGAAAAGUGAAACUUCACUCAAAAGAAAAGGUUCUCCUAAAGGAAAAUCUCAAGGAGGGAAAGUAGCAGCAAAGAAAUCUCCUGCUGGCUCUGCAGAUACCUCACCUGCUCCAAUAUUACCACCGGCACCUAGGCCAGGAUCAGAAGAACGGGUCUAUGUGAAUGAACCAAUUCCUGAGGAAAUACCUUCAUUUUUAAUACCUUACUGGAAGCUAAUAGAAAGUUCCUAUAUAAACACCAUCAAAAGAGUACUCAGGCAUCUGAGAGAAGACCAACAUUUUGUGCUUUCUUACUUGUAUGAGGUUAGGACAAGUUUCCAGCAGUUUCUAAGGCGUCCAGAUCACAAGCAAGAUUUUGUAGCUCAAUGGCAAGCUGAUUUCAACUCUCUUCCUGAAGACCUGUGGGAUGAUGAAGAAACAAAGGCUGAGCUACACCAAAGAGUGAAUGAUUUACGAGAUCGCCUGUGGGACAUUUGUGAUGCCCGGAAGGAAGAGGCGGAGCAGGAGCGUGUUGAUAUCAUUAAUGAGAACUGGUUACAGGACUCCCUUGGAAUCACAAUGAACCAUUUCUUUUCACUGAUGCAGGCAGAACUGAACCGUUUCCAAGAUACAAAGCAACUCCUUCAAGAUUAUUACAGGGGAAUGGAAUGCAAAAUCCCAACAGACAACAAUAAGGGAUUUACUCGUGUUCCGUUGGUCCAGCUGGAUAGUAAAGACAUUUCAGAGAACCAACUUAGAAUUCCUCUAGUUUCUCGAAUAUCCAUUUCUCUGGAUACAGUUAUGUCCAAACCAAAAACAAAAGCAAUACUGAAGGGCAAGAUUGAUUACUCACUAGAAAACAUAGAAUUAAACUUUGAGGCUGAUGAGAAAUUGGUAGUGGACACCUGGCAGCAGGCUUCUUUAGCAAUAUCUCACAUGGUGGCUGCUGAAAUUCAUCAGAGGCUCAUGGAAGAAGAAAACCAACCAGCAGAUCCAAAAGAAAAAUCUCCUCAGACAGGUGUAAAUAAAAAAGUCAAAAAGGAACCCAAGAAAAAAAUGACAGACAAAAAUACAAAAGGUAAAUCACCACCUUUAGCAGAACUCUCUCCUGUAAUGGUAACAGCAGAGGAAAUGGCUGAAAUGGAAAAGAAAAAAGAAUUGGGGCUCAAAAUAAAGGAAGAACAUCUUGCUGCCCUGCAAUUUGAAGAGAUAGCCACGCAGUUUCGGCUUGAACUGAUAAAGACAAAAGCAUUGACUUUCCUUGAAGAUAGAGUAACAAAGGUAGUAGAUGUGUAUAAACUCAUGGAAAAGUGGCUUGGUGAAAGAUACUUGAAUGAAAUGGCCAGUGUUGAAAAAUUAACUGAGGUAGCUCGCUAUCACAUUGAAACCUCUACAAAAAUUCAGAAUGAACUUUAUUUAAGCCAAGAAGACUUCUUUAUUAAUGGCAACAUAAAAGUCUAUCCAGAUCCUCCCCCACCAACACGUCCUCCACCUGUCGAAAAGGAAGAAAAUGGCACCCUGACCAUCGAACAGCUUGACAAUCUUCGAAAUCAAUUCUUAGAUAUGGCACCUAAAGGCUUAAUAGGAAAUAAAGCAUUUACUGACAUUCUGCUUGACUUGGUGACCCUGAACCUUGGAACAAACAUCUUGCCUAGUAACUGGAUGCACCUCACCCUACCUGACUUACAGGAGUUGACAUCUUUAUUAAUAAUAAAUUCAGAAUUCGUGGACUGGCGGAAAUUCCUGUUAGUAACCUCAGGGCCUUGGCCCAUGCCCCUGGAAGAGGAGCUCCUAGAGACCCUGCAGAGGUUCAAGGAUGUGGACGAAGAGCAACUGGGCACAGUCACUCUUGAGCAGUAUAUGCAGGCUGGUCUGUGGUUUACAGGAGAUGAAGAUAUAAAAAUUCCAGAAAAUCCUCUUGAACCCCUGCCAUUUAAUAGGCAGGAGCAUCUUCUAGAGUUUUUCUUCAGGCUCUUUGCUGACUAUGGGAAGGAUCCACCCCAGCUUGACUACCUACAGAUGCUGCUUUAUUUUGCUUGCCACCCAGACUCUGUGGAAGGAGUGUACAGGGCCCUCAGUGUGGCCACUGGGACUCAUGUCUUCCAACAAGCUGAAACUCCUAGUCUAAUUGUGGAAAAGACCUCUUCCUCUACUAAUAUGUGUCCAAUUGAGGAAUCUCCUGAACUUGAAGAAAAUGUAAGAGAAGACAGGGAAAUAAAAGAGGAAAGGGAAGAAAAGGAAGAAGAAAUCCCUGAAUAUGUAAACACUGAAAAGAUUUCCAUGGAAACGCUUCUCAGAGUGUUCCGAGGAGGAAACGAAGCACAGGACUUGAACAGAUUUGCCAGCUACUUCAAGAUAGAGAACAUUUAUUCAGAGAACUUCAUAAAAAUAUUUCAAGACCUAGGUGCCAAGAAUCUGGAGCCAAUUGAAGUUGCUAUUCUCUUGAAGCAUCCUUUUAUUCAAGACCUGAUUUCAAAUUAUCCAGACUAUAAAAUUCCUGAUAUUAAAAUAAUUCUCCAAAGGAAUGAACAUGUACAAGGAAGUGACGGCGAGAGAUCACCUUCAAGACUUACAGAGGAAAAGAAAUGAAGCUAAAAAUGUGUAAUUUUAUGUUAGAAAUGAAUCUUUCAGAUAUCAAAUGUGAGCAUGGUGCUUGUCAUGUAUAUUAUUACUAUAAAUGUAGAAAUCACCCCUACCAGGUUAUGAGGGGUGCUGAAAAGGAGGCCCUCCAUAACUCGGAGAAUAUUCUAUAACCUUAAAAGAAGAAAGCAAACAUUCAAAGUAAGAAGGAAUGGAUUUUGAUGUGCCUCUGAAAAUAGAAGGCACCAGAACAAUAUAUGUAAAAAAUAAACAUAGAGAUAAAUUAUGAAUAUUCCUUAUGAGCAGUAUCCACAUUAGAUAGAUAUGGGUGAAAAUUUCCCCAGAACUCCACAUCAGGGCAGUACUGUUGUAUACAUUUCAUAGUUCCACAUGUGGCAAAAUUCCAAGUUUCAUCCCAGUAGCAGAGAGAAGACUGAAUUAUUGAAAUGCUCCUAUCAUCUAUUCAUAUUUCUUUCUUAAUAGAAUAUAAUGUUUCCUUUAGAGAAAGGUGUACUUCUAUAAUUGUGUCUGUUUACUUAUACAAAGUAGUGACUCAAAUACUUAUCUCAGGAAAGUUUUAAAAAAAUUGUGAGCAAUAACGUGUUCUCAGUGGCUUGGCUUCUGUGACACCCUCUCUGGGUCUCUUCACUGGCUGCUCCUUCUGAAACUCUUGCUGGGUCUUCCCCUUCUACUCGGCCUCUAAAUAUUGGAGGGCCCAGGACUCAGUUCUUGCCUUUCCACAGUCGAUCUUUGGAUGAUCUCAUCCACUUCCAUGGCUUUAUAGGUUUUACAGAUGCCAACAACACUGACAUUUCCAUUUCCCACCUCCCCCAAACUCCAAACUUGUCUCUCUUACUACCCACUUGCAUUUCCAUGUGGACUGCUAAACAGUCUUCUAAAACUCAACAUGUCCAAGGCUGAAUUCCUGAUUUCCUCUUCCUCAAGUCUGCUCCUCCCUUAGCCUUCCCCAUUUCAGCCAACUCCAUCCUUCCUAUUGUUCAGGCCAAAUAUGGUAGACUCAUCUUUGACUUCCCUCCUUCUCUCAUGCCCUACCCCUAGCCCAUCAGGUAGGUUGUACCUUCAAAAGAUGUGCAGAAUACAAUAUUCCUCAUGCCUCAGCCACAGGAAGUCUGGUCCAAGCCACCUCCAUCUCUUGCCGGGAUUAUUGCGGUAGACCCAAGUCUGUCUUCCUGAUUCUGAUCUUGCUUCCCCUAAGGCUCGCCCUGCCACAGCAGCCAGAGGGAGGCUUUUAUAAUGCAGGUCAUCCCACCCAUCUGCUCCAACCCUUUCUUGGUACCCUGUCUCACGCAGAGUCCAGCACAAGUCUUCAUCUCAAUCUAGCCCCUUGCCACCUCUCUCUCACCUCCAGCUCUUCUCCCUGCCGGCCCACUCUGCAUAAGCCACAAAUGCAACUUGCUGAUUCUCAAACACACCAGGCACAAUUUGGUCUCAGGGAUUUUGCAGUUGCUGUGCCUUUUGCCUGGAAUGUUUUUUGUUCCCCAUAUCUGGAUACCUUGUCCCCUGACUUCCUUCAUGUCUCUGUUCAAAUGUCACUGUGCCAAUAAGGCCUUCCCUCACCACCUACAACAAAAUACAGCAACCUCCAAACUCUCAUUUCUCUCCAUGGCACAUUAUCAACAUCUGACAAAUUGCAUAUUUACUCUUUUAUUUGCUUAUUGCCUGUCAUUCCACUAGAGUAUAAGUUCCACCGAUUCAGUGUAUUUUGUUUAUUGUCAUGCUCCAGAACCUAAGACAAUAACUGGCAUAUGUUAGUUAGUCAAUAAAUAUUUGUUGAAUGAGUGAAUGAUCUUUACAGAGGAAAAACCCCUUUAUCAGUAUAACUCACCAUGACUAACUCUUAUUUGAUAAUGCUUUAGCAGCCUUGUUCAUCCCCUCUUCUGGAUGUGUCAACUUUGAAUUCAGAUGGCAGCAUUCUCCUU